AUGAACCACGUCGACGUUGAUCAAAUUCUCGAAGAUUACGCAUGGCAUCAGUUUCAAGACGUUCAAUCACUCCGUAAGACUCGAAUCGAUGAUUUUCGUGGAAUCGAUCGGGAUGACUGCGAGUUUGUAAUCAAUCGAAAGCAUCUCAUCGUCGUAUCAGAGGAUCCAGAUUACUCUCACUUCCAACCAGCUGGAUCGAAACCGUACACUCUGUUCAAAUCGAUCUACACCAACAGCACUAACCGACCACAAGAAUAUUCAUUCAAAACUGAACGAACUACUGAAUCACUAUGUUCAGUGGCACGCGAACAAGGAUAUAUGAUCGGAACGGAAGCAGAGUUGACACUCAAAACGCCAUGUGAAAUCGCUGAGCUCAAAGCCGGUUUUAAACAUGAGAUGCAUUUCAACAAUCUCAAUGAGAACUGUCAAACAGAGAUUCUAUCAUGGGGAGUUGACAGUAAUGUGUCUGUUCCACCCCACUAUAUGACUGAAGCAUCGAUCAUCAUUGAGGAAAUGAACUACAGAGGAACGUAUUCAGUCGUUUCGAGACUUUCUGGAACUGUUGUCGUUUCCAUCAGAAGACGUCGUGACAAUGCUCUCAUAAUGCCAAUUCGUGUUGCCAUUGCUGAAGUCUUCCGUGCUCAACUGGAUAGUCCACAUUGCAAGAAAGAGGUCAAACAAGUGGUCAGCAUUGAUCAUAAUCGUGUCGUCCGUCUUGUCAGCAAAGGAUCAUGCCAAUUCCAGUUCGCAAUGAAGCAGAGAAUCGAUCUGAAAGAACAACCAAUGCGAGCCAGCGACGAAAUCAUGAUCGAUUAA